CACCCAGCGCGCUCCUCCCGCGCACGCGCACCGGGCAGGGGGCUGCGCCGGCGGCCGCGGUUCGGCUCGGUCGCGCUCGCCGGGGUCCCGCGAGGCCGGAACGCUUCUUUCCUUCCCGGCAUGCAGCGCGGGGAGGGAUUUAACACCAAGAUGGCGGACGGCCCUGACGAGUACGAGGCCGAGGCGGGCUGCGUGCCCCUUCUCCACCAGGAGGAAAUCAAACCACAAAGCCAUUACAAUCAUGGAUAUGGUGAACCUCUUGGACGGAAAACUCAUAUUGAUGAUUAUAGCACCUGGGACAUUGUCAAAGCUACACAGUACGGAAUAUACGAACGCUGCCGAGAAUUGGUAGAAGCAGGGUAUGACGUACGACAGCCAGACAAAGAAAAUGUUACCCUUCUCCAUUGGGCUGCCAUCAACAACAGAAUAGAUUUAGUCAAGUACUAUAUUUCCAAAGGUGCUAUUGUGGAUCAACUUGGAGGAGACCUAAAUUCAACUCCGUUGCACUGGGCCACAAGACAAGGCCAUCUAUCUAUGGUCGUGCAACUAAUGAAAUAUGGUGCCGAUCCUUCACUGAUUGAUGGGGAAGGAUGUAGCUGCAUUCAUCUGGCUGCUCAGUUUGGACAUACCUCAAUUGUUGCUUAUCUCAUAGCAAAAGGACAGGAUGUAGAUAUGAUGGAUCAGAAUGGAAUGACGCCUUUAAUGUGGGCAGCUUAUAGGACACAUAGUGUGGAUCCAACUAGAUUGCUUUUAACCUUCAAUGUUUCAGUGAACCUUGGUGACAAGUAUCACAAAAAUACUGCUCUGCACUGGGCAGUGCUGGCAGGGAACACUACCGUCAUCAGUCUGCUUUUGGAAGCUGGGGCUAAUGUGGAUGCCCAGAAUGUAAAGGGUGAAUCAGCACUUGAUUUGGCCAAACAGAGAAAAAAUGUGUGGAUGAUCAACCAUUUACAGGAGGCAAGGCAAGCAAAAGGAUACGACAGUCCAUCUUUCCUUAGAAAAUUAAAAGCUGAUAAGGAAUUUCGGCAGAAAGUAAUGCUGGGAACUCCUUUCCUAGUUAUUUGGCUGGUUGGAUUUAUAGCAGACCUAAAUAUUGAUUCCUGGCUCAUUAAAGGUUUAAUGUAUGGUGGUGUAUGGGCUUCGGUGCAGUUUCUUUCUAAAUCCUUUUUUGAUCAUUCAAUGCACAGUGCAUUGCCACUUGGAAUAUAUUUGGCAACCAAAUUCUGGAUGUAUGUGACAUGGUUCUUCUGGUUUUGGAAUGAUCUCAAUUUUUUAUUUAUUCAUCUUCCAUUCCUUGCCAAUAGUGUUGCACUUUUCUACAAUUUUGGAAAAUCUUGGAAGUCAGAUCCAGGGAUUAUUAAAGCUACAGAGGAACAGAAGAAAAAGACAAUAGUCGAACUUGCAGAAACGGGAAGCUUGGACCUCAGUAUAUUCUGCAGUACCUGUUUGAUACGGAAACCUGUGCGGUCCAAACAUUGUGGCGUGUGCAACCGCUGUAUAGCAAAAUUUGAUCAUCAUUGCCCUUGGGUGGGUAAUUGUGUAGGUGCAGGGAACCAUAGGUAUUUUAUGGGUUACCUGUUCUUCUUGCUUUUCAUGAUCUGCUGGAUGAUUUAUGGAUGUAUUUCUUACUGGGGUCUUCAUUGUCAGACCACCUACACCCAGGAUGGCUUCUGGACGUACAUCACACAGAUCGCCACAUGCUCGCCCUGGAUGUUCUGGAUGUUUCUCAAUAGCAUUUUCCACUUCAUGUGGGUUGCUGUGCUGCUCAUGUGCCAAAUGUACCAGAUUUCCUGUUUGGGCAUCACUACAAAUGAGAGAAUGAAUGCUAGAAGGUACAAGCACUUUAAAGUCACAACCACGUCUAUUGAAAGCCCAUUCAACCAUGGAUGUGUAAGGAAUAUCAUAGACUUCUUUGAAUUCCGAUGCUGUGGCCUCUUCCGCCCUGUGGUCGUGGAUUGGACCAGGCAGUACACAAUAGAGUAUGACCAAAUAUCCGGGUCUGGGUACCAGCUCGUGUAGUGCCAUCUGUAUCCUCUGAUGUGUAUUGCUGAGUGGUGCCUGGAAAUUGUGUCUGUCUACAUCUACAUCUCUCUCUCUCUCUCUCUCUCUCUCUCUCUCUCUCACUGUUUUUCUCUCUCUAUUAGAAUCACAUCAUUUGAACAAUAGCAUGCUAUGUGUAGGGCUAACAAUCAAAAUCACACUUUUUUUUUUUCCCCAACACUUUUUUAUUAAUGAAGUAAACAUGGACAGAACACACUGCCACUGCGGAGAAUGCAGAUCCUAAACUGAGUUUGAAUGGUUCUUUUGUGGAAGUUCAUAACACACUCCACUUUUUGGUUUUGUUCUUUUUGCUUUUGCUCCAUUUUUUUAUGGAAAGAGAGUGAACUUAUUCUCUUGACAAACAUGGCAUGCUCAUAAUAAAUGUUCAGUUCUAGGUAAAGCUCAAUUUUAUAAUGCAGUCUACCUAUAGCAGUGCAUUUAAUUCCAGGAAAUGUUGUCUCCAUUGAUCAGACAAGUAUUCUAUACAUUUCAAAAUAUACAUAUAAAUAUUAUGAUGAAAAUCAUGUCGGUUUAUUAGGGAUCUACCAUAACAGUGUCUUCAAAGGCACAAGCAAAUCGCUCACCCCAAAAGAUGUGCUAACAAUAUUUUAUUGCAAUCAGCUGUUAAAAUGCUGAUCUAUUUCUAGUUCAGUGAGAUAAUUUAUUGUAACCUUGCUCUGAGGUUUUACAUAACAGUGUCUUCAAAGGCACAAGAAAAUAAUGUUCACCCCCAAAAAUGUGCUAACAAUAUUUUUUGCAAUCAGCUAUUAAAAUGCUGAUCUAUUUCUAGUUCAGUCAGAUAAUUUAUUGUAACUUUUCUCUGAGGUUCUAUGGUCUGAUCAUAAAGCACUUGCAUGAGUAUAGUAAGUCAUGUUAUUUUGUCAAACUGAAAAUGAAAAGCCUUACUAAGUGCAUGAUACACCUCAUAGAAUGUAUACUAGUGCAUAUUAUUCAUUACAGCAUAAAUUUAAUUUGUUGUGCAGACAGUUCCAUUUAUAAGGAAUGGCAAAAUAAGUUAAUGCAAAACUGUUAGAGAAGAGUGGAUUUACUUUUAAAAUUCUGAGCUAUAAAGAGUAGGCAAGAUAAUGGCGUUUAACUAAAAAUGGAGCGUGAUUUUUUUUUUUAAAUGAUCUGUCCAAAAGAAUUUGUUUCCCAAGAUAAUCUCAGCUUUUCUCUAUAUGGAGUGUUUUGAAAUUCAUUACCACUCAGAAGUAAUUUCAGAGCAAUCUUGCUCCACGUGAUGCACUGAUCAGUUCUGUGGUGGCAUCUUCAUCCUCAUCGAGAACUCUUCGUUUCUGCUUCCAUAGACACUGUUUACAGAGGGAGACUUUUGAAAUUCAGGCCUUUGAAGUGCUGUCUCAGCUGUGGUUCGAGCACCCUGUGGGAGUCGUGAGAGGGCAUGGGCUGGAUAGUGUGGGGCAAGGGUGGGCGCCCCUAUGGCUGACCCUCAACCUGUGUAAAGAUUGUGUAUUUGUAUAUAAAUAAUUUAUCGAAUAGUUUUUUUCUUUGUGUCUACAUAUGUGUUUAGUCUAUUUAAAGCUGCUCAUUUCAUUUUUCUACAACCAAAAAAGAAAAGGGAGAUAACUAACAAGCUUCUAGGGACCCUCAAUAUUGCUGUUAAUAGGCAUUAUACCCUGCAAGGCUGCUGCAUGUCUCAGUAAAAUUAGUAUCCCCUGUACCACGCACAGACGACAGAUACUCAGCAAACCUGUGGUACUCCCGCCCCUUGCCUUAGGAAAAGGAGAAGUGAAGAUGUAUAUAGUUGAUGCUCAGUAUUUCCAAGUCAUUUUUUAUAUAAUUUCUUUGACCAUAAGUCACACAUUUAGAAGAUGUUUUAAACUGACGACCCUUCGUGUAUGUGAGUGUUUACUAUUAGAAAAUUGGCAUAUGUGCUUUAUUUUUGAACAGGGCAGCAAUGGGAGUGGGGUGGCGAUAGCAUUGUGCCAUUUUGUCAUAGAAUGUAAAAAAUUGGUUAACUUUACAAAUGUCUGCUAGUUUUGACUACUAAUUGGGGGAAAUUUUAGAUAAUUUUUGAAUUCAAGGUUAUUUAUAAAAGGCUAGACUUCGUUUUAAUUAUUUUGUAUUUUGAGCCACUUCACCUGAAGACUCAGUUGCAAUUUUUAUCAACUGCAUUUUUAUUAACAGUUGAAUAUGGUGGUGGUUUCCUCAGAGUGUUGUUACCAUUUUCUCUGUAGAUACAAUAUUCUUCAGAAUGAGGGAGAUCUCUCCAGGUUAAAUAGAGGGGAAGCUUGACCUUAGAUGUAAGUGAAAGGCAGUGUCAGCAGUGUGAAUGCUUCAGCACUGACCUGCUCUUGUGCUGCUGGACUCUGUCAGACCUGAGCAGGGUCAGGACGCAGCAUCGAAUGAGCCGUCUCUUCAGUUCCUUAUCAGUCCUGUGUGUUGGAGCUAGGUCAACCCAGUUCCGGGAGUUGUGUGUGAAGGUGGUCCUUUGGGGAGUAGUUUCUUUGAGCUUUGGAAAAUAUUUUUCUCAGCUCUGAACAUUACUUCUUGUGAGGUUCCCCCCUUCAUAUUUUGAUUGUUUCCAGGAAUUUGAAAUUAUUAAUGAUAUCAAAUGGCAUCAUUAUUCUUAAGCUGUGGAUAUUUUUUUAUUUUAUAUUUUAUUUAUAACUGUGCCAAGUAUUAUUUUGCUACUUAACCGUGUUACUCUGUGGAAAGAAAAACCUGUAAAGUGUUUAAUAAAUUAGCUCUCCUUACAUAAAUUAAAUCUGUUAAAAUUUUUUAAAAAAUAUUAAUCAGAAUAAAUAUUGACUCCUAAGUGUGUGCUUGUGAUUUCGUUCAGUCACUUCAAGAAUUUGAUGGAACACUUUGUGGUAUCUAUGAUAUGAGAUUCUUAUAUAUUUAUAUCUGGUUAACUAGGAAUCAAGUGACAUAGAAUGUAGAAUUGGACAAAAGUGAAAGGUGGUAGUAUUCUAAAAUAUAUCUACAAUUCUGUGUGUAUGUGUGUAAUUUUUUAAUAAAGAGAAUACAUUUUUAUUUAAAA